AUGAAAGAACCAAGCGGUGGGAAAAGUCUGGCGUCAAAAGUGCUGACUGCCAAAGCACUCGACCAGGCGCCACAGGGGUGGAAAAAGGAACCAAAGGUUAGAGUAAAACGGGUGGACUCCUUGUUCUUGAUCUCGUAUUCGGAUGCAGCGUCUUCGAAGUUGCCUUUGUCGCUGCCGUCUCUCAAGGAGUUUAAUAUCUCGCUCUACAUCGAUAUUCCCACUAUCGACUACUACAAUGACCAACUCACACAUUUUCGGCUGACGAAGUUUAACAAGAAGUUCAAAAUCCACAAGCUCAAGGAGCAAAUAUUGGCGAGUUUCACGAAUUUCGAUGACUCUGCAUGGGAUCUAAUCAUGCAGCGCGCCUCACCUGAUUCGCCCAUCAAAUUCAAGUUUUCCGUGGCAUCCAGUGGCGCUCUGCGUUACGUCGAGACCAUCAAGUUCCUGGUAGAAUCGUGCUGGCACCGCAUCCAGGAAAUACCGCAGUCGUCGAUUUCCAUCAACACUAUUUUCAAACUUCAAGUAUCCCCCACCUCCUUGAUCUGGUUCAAGACGUUUCUUGACAAGGACCUACUAGCACACGCGGUCGUCGAUUUCGAAGUUAUCGGCAACUACAACAUGAUCACGUCGUCCACAACGCCUUUCAAGGAGUAUUACUCCAAACUGAACAAUAAAUUUACCUCUUCCUCGUAUUUACAAGAUGGCACCCCAAGCUAUACGAGUUUGGAAACGAGCGAUUCCAUCGUCGUCGUUACAAACAAUACUGGUGUCAAGGCUUUGCUUACUAUCUUGUCUGACAAGCCGCUGACCAGCUAUCUCUCAAAGGACUCUCUCGAGGCUUUGCACAGUAACGCCCUGCAGAAAAAGCCUUCAAAACAACCAGAAGUGGAUCCCACAGAUAGUGAUGAGGACGAUACACCUUUAAACAGGGACUCUUCUUCGCUGUUAAGUUUCCAGGACUCCUUGAUUACCUCUAACAAAGAUAAAUCCGUCAAAGUAAGGUCAACUCCUUAUGCCAGAUCAGGUGCACGCAGCCGACGGCUUCGAACUGCGAAUACCUUUCAACUUGGGCAGGAUAAUCAUAGCACGGACGAAGCUGCGUCCUAUUCCGAUUUGCAACAAUUCGAACAUGACGAGGACUCCGACGAGGAAGAGCCGGACGAGGAUGAGGACGAGAACGAUGAUGAUGGAUUGAGCUUUUCAGUACCAAGUCGGUUGUCUCGCUGCGGCUCUGAGACAGACUUCUCGAGGAUGAAAUCGCCGGAGUCAGAAACUACACGUCGAUUCCGCUCCCUUAGUUUGAUGGACCCAGCACUACGAUCCCCAUUCGCCCAAGACGCAAUUCAGGUGCAGCAGCCUGACGCACGACGGCCACCAACUAUGGAAAUUAUAGAGGAUGAAAUGUGCUCGCCCACCACCAACGGUUUAAGCCAAGGUUGUACCAAUAUCUACGUGCACGAUGGGCAUUUUGGCCAGCCCGCAGCAUCGACUACUCCAAGAAAGCCAAGGCGUUUACAGCGCACAGGCUCCGCCAACAAUGUCAGCGUUGGGCUUAUUCCGCCCGAAUUUUUCUCUAGAAUAUCCUCACCCUCUUCUAGCAAUAGCAGCUCAAACACAUCUCUCACGAACUUAAGCAUUCUUCCUGGAACUUUUUCAAAGCUACUUCACACCUCAAGCGGAGAUAGCCGCGAAGACGAGGAUCCUUUUCUGUCAAAAAGAAGAACUGCCGAUAUUUCCGGUCGCGGCCUGAAUACAGACGCGUCUUUCCGCCUCGCGAGCAACCAAUUAAGCCCUCACGAUAUGAAUCAGUUCGCUUUGAACUUCAGAAGUAGCAAGCGGAUUCCAGCCACCGAGAAGGCACUGGAUGAUGAGGACCGUAUGAUGUUUGGUUCUGCCAAAGUUAAUGAAUCAAAGGCGUCGGACGAGGAAUCGAAGUCCAACGCGGAGUCUGUUUCCACACUGGUAGGCAACGGAAAUGAUCCUUCGAAAUCUGUCUCUCCAGUUUUGAAAUCUUUAAAUAUUCAAUUUUAUGGAGAUGACAAGACUUCGAAUGUAGCCUCGAGCUCUAUCAAGACACCGAAUAGCACCACCGCGAAAUCGUCAACAUACAAGAAACCUAAGUUUACCUUAGACUUGUACAACGAUGAGGAAAUGCAUUCCACCGGAGGAUGGCUGCUAGGAGGAAACCGCUAG